AUGAAUCCAGGAUAUGCUGGUAGAACUGAAUUACCUGAUAAUUUAAAGGCUCUUUUUAGACCAGUUGUUAUGGUUGUACCUGAUUCUAAUAUUAUUUGUGAGAUUAUGUUGAUGAGUUAGGGAUUCAAUUCAGCCAGAGUUUUAGCUAAAAAGAUGACAGUUUUAUAUAAAUUGGGUAGUGAAUAAUUGAGUAAACAAUACCAUUAUGAUUUUGGUUUGAGAGCAUUAAAGAGUGUGUUAGUUAUGGCAGGUUCUCUUAAAAGAGAGGCAGCUGAUCUACCUGAAGAUACUGUACUAAUGAGAGCACUUAGAGAUAUGAAUAUGCCUAAAUUCAUAUUUGAAGAUGUUCCAUUAUUUUAAGGAUUGAUUACUGAUUUAUUCCCUAAAAUUGAUGUUAAGAGAAAACCAUAUGAAAAGAAAGAUAAAAUCUAAGAGAUUGUUGAACAAUUAGGAUAUCGACCUUUAGAUGAUUAAAUUGAUAAAGUUGUUUAAUUAUUUGAAACUAUGUUGACUAGACAUACAACAAUGGUUGUAGGACCAACUGGAUCAGGAAAGUCAGCUGUUAUAGAAAUCUUAAAAAGAGUAGAAAGUGCUACCUAUUAUUGUAUUAAUCCUAAAUCUAUAACUGUUAAUGAAUUAUAUGGUGUAAUGGAAAUGACAACUAGAGAAUGGAAAGAUGGUAUAUUAAGUAAGGUUUUCCGUAUUGCAAAUGAAAAACCAUCUGGUUAAUAAGAAGUUCAUUAAAGAUGGAUUUUAUUAGAUGGUGAUGUUGAUGCUGUUUGGGUUGAAAAUAUGAAUUCUGUUAUGGAUGAUAACAAAUUAUUAACACUUAUUAAUGGUGAUCGUAUACGUCUGGAGAGAUUUUGUAAAUUACUAUUCGAAGUAUUUGAUCUUUAAUAUGCAUCACCUGCUACUAUUAGUAGAUGUGGUAUGGUUUAUGUAGAUCCAAAAAAUUUAGGAUAUAAACCAUUUUAUGAUAAGUGGUUGUCAAAAUGGUAAAAGAAAGGAGAUAAAGCAGAAGGAUUGAAAUAAAAUCUUGAAGAAUUUUAUACAAAAUAUAUUCCUACAUUAAUGAAUCUUAUUUUUGAGGGUAUUGAUGGAGAAGAAUAAGGACAUGUUUUAGAGUUUUCUAUUCCCAGAACCAAUUUAAAUUGCAUAACAUAAUUGACAAAAAUGUUAGAUACAAUUAUAAAUGAAGAAGAUCCUUAAUUUGAAUAAGAAAAUCUUGAAUUAGCUUAUAUUUUUGCAAUAGUAUGGUCACUAGGUGCAUGCUUAAAAUUUGAUGCUCGUAAGAAAUUCGAAGAAGUAUUAAGAAGAGUUGCAUAAAGACAUAUUCCUCCUGGUUCAUUGUUUGAUCUUUUCUUUGAUUAUACUUUAGAUAAUAAAGCUUGGGUUGCUUGGGAAAAGAAAGUGACAGAAUAUUAACCACCUCCUGAUGGAAAAUUUUCAAAAAUCUUAGUUCCAACUGUGGAUACUAAGAGAUUUUCAUAUCUUUUAGGAUAAAAUAUCACUCACAAAUAACCUUGUAUGUUUGUAGGAGAUAGUGGUACUGCUAAAUCAGUCAUUAUAACAAAUUAUUUGAAUUCCUUACCAUCUGAAAACUAUAUGAAAUUAAAUAUCAAUUUUUCAUCAAGAACAAAAUCAAUUGAUGUUUAAACUGCAUUAGAUGAAAAUAUUGAUAAAAGAUCAGGUCGUAUUUUUGGUCCUAAAAUUGCAGGUAAAAAAUUAAUAAUUUUCAUUGAUGAUAUUCAUAUGCCUAAAGUAGAUAUAUAUGGUACAUAAUAACCUAUAGCUUGGUUGAAAUUUUUGAUUGAAAAAGGAUUCUGUUAUGAAAGAAGUUAAAAUCUAGAUCAAAAAAUUAUAAAAGACACUUAAUUUGUUGCAGCUGUUUUACCACCAAAUGUUGGUGCUAAUCCACUUGAUCCAAGAUUUUUGAGUUUGUUUAAUUGUUAUCAAUUAUUAUUCCCAUCUAAUGAAAACUUAGAGAGAAUUUAUAAUUCAAUUUUGAAAUCACAUUUAUAAGGAUUUCCAGAAGAAGUCUCAUCAACUGUUGCUAAAAUAACUUAAGCUACUUUACAAAUUUAUAGUGCUAUUGUAAUCUAAUUGCCACGUACUCCAGUUAAAUUCCAUUACAUUUUUAACUUAAGAGAUUUAAGCAGAAUCUAUGAAGGAUUAUGUAGAAGUACACUUGACAAAUUCUAAACUAAAGAAUCUUUUAUUAGAUUAUGGAGAAAUGAACUAACUCGUGUCUUCGUAGAUCGUCUCAUUAAUGAUUAAGACAGAGACCUUAUUAAUGUAGAUAAGGUUCCAAGUUUAAUUAGAGAACACUUCAGUGAUACAUUAGAAUAUGCAAUAUAAGAUCCAUUGCUUUUUGGUGAUUAUUUAACAGCUAAUCCACUUGAUCCAGAUGUAGUUGAUCCUAAAUUAUAUGAAGAUUGUGGAGGAUUUGAAAAAGUUGGUUAAAAAUUCAACUCUUUAUUAUAAGAUUAUAAUGAAGAAGUUAAGGAAAUGAAUCUUGUAUUGUUUAAAGAUGCUUUAGAACACUUAACUAAAAUUCACAGAAUUAUUAGAUUCCCAUUAGGACAUGCUUUACUUGUAGGUUAUGGAGGUAGUGGUAAAUAAUCUUUGACUAGAUUGAGUGCAUUUACUGCUAGUUAUGAUAUAUUCUAAAUUACUUUAACAAGAGGAUAUAAAGAAAAAGAAUUUAGAGAAGACUUAAAGACUUUAUAUGAUCUUUUGACAUAGAAACCUACAAUUUUCUUGUUUACUGAUGCUCAUGUAUUAGAAGAAGGUUUCUUAGAAUUGAUUAAUAAUAUGCUUACAAUAGGAAUGGUACCAGCACUUUUUGAUGAAGAUGGCAAGAAGAAAAUGAGUGAUAAGGUGAGAGAUGAAGCAAAAAGAAAAGGUAUUUUAGAAACAAAAGAUGAAUUAUGGAAUUAUUUCCUUGAAAAAAUUAGAGACAAUAUGCACAUUGUUUUGUGUAUGAGUCCAGCUGGAGAUACUUUGAGAAUUAGAUGUCGUAAUUUCCCAGGCUUAGUUAGUAAUACUUAAAUUAAUUGGUUCUUCCCUUGGCCUGAAGAAGCUUUGGUAAGUGUGGCUACUGAGUAUUUAAAGGAUGAAAACUUAGAAGAUGAAACAUUCAGACCUAAGAUUAUUUAACAUAUCACCAAAGUUCAUGAGAGUAUCUAAAUGUUUUCAAGAGAUUUUGAAUUAUAAUUAAGAAGAAAGAAUUUCAGCACACCCAAAAACUAUUUAGAUUUCCUAUAAAAUUACAAACGUUUAUUGGCUGUUAAUAGAAAAAAAUAUUAGGAACUUAUAGUGAGAUAUACAAAUGGUGUUUUAAAGUUGGAUGAAGCAUCUGAAUAAGUGAAAGUAUUAUAAGGGGAAUUAGAAAUUAAGAAAGUAGAAGUGACUAAUGAAAGUAGAGAAGUUGAGGAUUUACUAAAAAUUAUUAAUGGUAAAAAGGAGAUUGCCACAAGAGAUAAUGAAGAAGCUUCAUAAAAGAAAAAACAAUUAGAGAAGGACAGUGUAGAAAUCAAUUAGAAACAAUAGGAAGCUGAUUAAAUUCUUAAAGAUGCCAUUCCUAUUUUAGAGGAAGCUAAAGAGGCUCUAAGUAAGAUUGAUUCAAAAGAGUUGGUUGAAUUGAAAGCAUUGAAUUCACCACCUAAACCAGUUGGAGCUGUUGCAUCUAUGUUACUUAUAUUUAAACCUAUAGAUGGUAUUGAAGGAGAUGGUUGGAAUGCUGCUAGAUAAAUGAUGAAUAAUCCAAUGAAAUUAUUGGAAUAAUUAUAGAAUUAUGGUAACAAGAUUGGAAAAGUGACUAGAAAUUAAAUUGAAAAGAUUAAAAGUGCUAUGAAAGAUCCUGAAAAUCGUUUAGAUGAAAUAUCAAAGAUUUCAAAAGCUGCAGGUGGUUUAUAUAAAUGGGUAUCAGCUACAGUUAAUUUCUAUGAUGUAUAUAAGAAAGUGGAACCACUUAAAUAACGUUUAGAAUAGAUGAAUAAGUAGAAGGAAGAGACAGAAAAAGACUUAACAAAUACUGCUAUAAAAUUGGCAGCAUUAUAAAAGGAAGUGUCUGAAUUAUAAGUUUAGAGUGAUCAAAAAGCUGCAAGAUUAGCUGAAUUGACAGCUCAAGCAUAGGAAAUGGAAAAGAAAUUGAAUGCAGCAAAGAAAUUGAUUGAAGGUUUAGGAGGUGAAAAGAAAAGAUGGACAGAAGACACUGGUAAAUUAGCAUAGAUGACAUUAUAAUUAAUUGGAGAUUGUUUAAUUGCCAGUUCUUUCUUAAGUUACGUAGGACCAUUUGACUAUUCAUUUAGAAGAAGAAUGCUUUAUGAUCAUUGGAUGGUUGAUAUUAAGGAAAAGGAAUUGCCAAUGAAUCCAGAAUUUAAAUUUGAAGAUCUAUUAAGUAGUGCAGUAGAAAUAUCUUAAUGGAAUUCUGAAGGAUUACCAUCUGAUGAAUUAUCAGUUUAAAAUGGUAUACUCACAACUAGAGCUUCAAGAUGGCCUUUGUGUAUUGAUCCACAAUUAUAGGCAGUUAAUUGGAUUAAAAAAAGGGAAGAAAAAGACAUAGCUUUCAAAGUUUUGAAUUUAAAUGAAGGAGCAGGUGUAUUUUUGAAACCUUUAGAAAAUUGUAUCAGAUUUGGCAAACCAUUUUUAUUUGAAAAUGUAGAUGAAGAAUUAGAUCCAACUAUAGAUCCAAUUUUAGAAAAGAAUUUCAUUAUCAAGGCAGGCAUGAAGAGUAUUAAAUUGGGUGAAAAUAUUAUUGACUAUAAUGAUGAUUUUAGAUUGUAUUUCACAACUAAAUUAGCAAAUCCUAAAUAUACACCAGAGAUUAUGUCAAAGACUAUGGUUAUUAAUUAUACAGUUACAUUAACUGGAUUGAGAGAUUAAUUAUUAAAUGUAGUUGUUUCAUUCGAAAGACCAGAUAAAGAGAAAUAAAGAUUAGAACUCAUUUAGAGUAUGAGUGAAAAUAAGAAAAAGUUGAAAGAAGCAGAAGAUGAUUUAUUAUAAAGAUUGUCAGAAGCUUAAGGUUCAUUGUUAGAUAAUGUAUAGUUGAUAAAUACACUAGAUUAAACAAAAGCAAAAUCUGAAGAGAUUUAAUAAGCAAUUAAUGAUGGGUAAAUUACAAGUUAAGAAAUUGAAUAAGCAAGAUAAAGUUAUACAACAGUAGCUAAAAGAGGAGCUAUAUUAUUCUUUGCAAUGAGUUCAUUAAGUUCAAUUUCUGAAAUGUAUGAAUAUUCAUUAAGUGCAUAUUUAUAAGUAUUCAAUCAAUCUUUAAGAGAUGCUAGAAAAGAUACUAUCUUAGAAUCAAGAUUGAGAAAUAUUAUUGAUAAAUUAACAAGUAAUGUUUAUGAUUAUACUUGUUUGGGUAUAUUUGAAAUUCAUAAAUUGAUGUUUGCCUUCUAAAUGACUAUUAUGAUAUAAGAUGGUGAAAAAUUAUUAAAUCAUGAGGAAUUAGAUUUCUUCUUAAAAGGAAAUACUUCACUUGAAUAAGUUUAGAGAUAGAAACCUUAUGAAUGGGUACCUGAUUCAGGUUGGAAAGAUAUUAUGAGAUUGAUGUAAUUGGCUGAUACCUAUAGAUUAUUAGCAGAUGAUUUAGAAAAGCAUGGUAAAGAAUGGAAGAAAUGGUAUGAUCAUGAAAGACCUGAAUUAGAAACAUUACCAGAAGGAUAUACUAAAUUAAAUUCAUUCUAAAUCUUAUUAUUAUUAAGAGUCUUCAGACCUGAUCGUGUAAUUAAUGGAGUCAAAAAAUAUAUUCAAGAUAUUUAUGGAAAUUCCAAUUAUGUACAACCACCAAUUAUUAAUUAUGAAAAAAUAUUCGAUUAAUCAAAUGAAAAAUCACCUAUUGUAUUUAUUCUCUCACCAGGAGCUGAUCCAUUACCAGAUGUAAUAAAGUUGGGUGAUUCAAAAGGAUUCACAGGAGCUAAAUUCAGAAAUCUAUCUCUUGGAUAAGGUAGUGAAUAAGAAGCAUCAUAAUUUGUUGAAGCUGCAUCAUAAAGAGGACAUUGGUUAAUGUUAGCUAAUUGUCAUUUAUUAACAGGAUGGUUGAAGAGUUAUUUAGAAAAGACUUUGGAAUUAAUGCAAAAACCACAUAAAGAUUUUAGAUUAUGGUUAACAACAUAACCUACAGAUAGGUUUCCUUUGGGUAUUUUACAAAAGUCACUUAAAGUAGUGACAGAACCACCUGAUGGAUUGAAAUUAAACAUGAAAGCUAUCAUGAGUAAAAUAGAUGAAAAUUCAUUAAAUUCUUGUCCUCAUGUAGCUUAUAAAACAUUAGUUUAUGUAGUUUCAUUCUUCCAUUCUAUUAUUUUGGAUAGAAGAAAGUAUGGUAAAAUUGGAUGGAAUGUUAGUUAUGAUUUUAAUGAAUCAGAUUUCAAUAUUAGUAGCAGUUUAUUAUCAAUGUAUUUGAGGAAGGCUUAUGAUGCUAAAGAUGAAACAAUCCCUUGGAAUUCACUUAAAUAUCUUAUUGGAGAAGCUAUGUAUGGAGGUAGAGUGACAGAUUCAUAUGAUAGAAGAGUAUUGAUUACAUAUUUAGAUGAAUACAUGGGAGAUUUUCUCUUUGAUAAAAAUAGAGAGUUCCUCUUCGCUUAAAGUGAAGAUUUCAAAUAUGAAAUACCUAAAAUACUUAAUCAUGAAGGGUUCCAAACUAUGAUUGAUCAUUUACCUCUUAUAAAUUCUCCAGUUGUCUUUGGUUUACAUCCAAAUGCAGAAAUCACUUAUUUCACAAAUAGUGCAAAGUCUAUUUGGGAUAAUCUUUUAUAAUUAAGAGCAUCUGGAGGUGCAGUUUCAGGAGGUGUAGACAAAGAUAAAUAUGUUAAUGAUGUGAGUGAAGAUGUCUUAUCUAAAUUACCUGUCAUUUGGGAUGUCAUUGCUUUAAGAAAAGAAGCUGGAGAAAUCAUCUCUCCAACAUAAGUUGUCUUGUUUUAAGAACUUGAAAGAUUCAACAAAUUAAUAAUAAAAAUAAAUGAAUCACUUUUUAAUCUUAAACGUGCCUUAAAAGGUGAGAUUGGUAUGAGUAGUGAUCUAGAUGAAUUGUCAUUAGCCUUAUUUAAUGGAUUCUUACCUGGUAUGUGGAGAAGACUUGCACCAUAAACAGAGAAGAAACUAGGAUCUUGGAUGAAUCAUUUCAAGAGAAGAGUUUAAUAAUAUACAUAAUGGGCAAGCAAAGAAGAGCCUUAUGUUAUGUGGUUGUCUGGUCUUCAUAUUCCAGAAAGUUAUCUUACUGCUUUAAUUCAAACUACAUGCAGAGCCAAAACAUGGGCUCUCGAUAAAAGUAGACUAUAUACUUAAGUAACCAAAAAAUUCAAGGCUAAAGAUAUUAAUCAAAGAAUGGAAUUUGGAUGCUAUAUUGAAGGUUUAUACUUGGAAGGAGCAAGAUGGGAUGUUGAGAAUAAUUGUCUUAAAAAAUAGAAUCCAAAAGAAUUGAUUUAUGAGAUGCCUCUAAUUCAAGUUAUCCCUGUUGAAGCUAAUAAAUUAAAAUUAAAAGGUAAUUUAUUCUUUUUAUAUAUUUUAGAUACUUUAGCUACACCAGUAUAUGUUACUUAAUCAAGACGUAAUGCUAUGGGAGUAGGCCUUGUUUUUGAAGCUGAUUUAAGAACUUAAGAACAUACUAGCCAUUGGAUACUUUAGGGAGUAGCCAUGACAUUAAAUGUUGAUUAUUGAAAAUACC